CAGUCGCGCGUCCACGCUUGUCUCAAGCGCACGUCGCUCCGCGCAUCGCUCGCUCCGCUCCGCUCGCUCCCGAAGCCACACGACGAUACCCGUGUGCGGCGGAUCCCGCGCGAGGCGCGCGCCCUGCGCACGCGCGAAGCAACAGAUAGCAGCCGCCGCCCCGCCGCGCUCUCGCUGCCUCGGUUAUCGCGCGCUCGCCGUCGCGCUGGCCAGACGUGUAUGCCUCCGGUCUGCCGCGACGCGAAUCUCUUCACUCUUCGCGCGAUACUCUAGCUCGUAGUUUUCUUCGUAAUCUUAAGAUUGGUGUGUAGUGUCAAGUAGUGUUCCAGUAGUAUUUUUCUCUUUCUCGGUGUCUAUUUAUCAGUGUUAGUGUAAUAAUGUUAUCCAGUAGUGUUAGGUUAGUUAGCAUGUAGGGAGUGUCGCGUCUGCGAUGUGUUCUUUGACGUUGGAACAGUAUCCCGAAUAAUGUAACGUAUUGCGGACGCGGAACGUGAACUAGUGAGUGCAAAGAUUAUGCGACAGAGACGCAUUAUGUUUUGUGGCGGGUAGUCGAGUGCCUCCAAGAUGUCGUUGCCCAUGAAGCGGUCGUUCAGCUCGGAGGGCGGCGCCACCUCCAAGCGCGACUGGAAGAUGCGGCUCAGCCUACGGAGCCGCAGCGGGCACAGCGUCGAGGCGCUGCGCGGGCGCAGAUGCGCGUCUCUGCGUUCUGCCGCGACGCCGGCGCGCGGGCAGGAGGAUUCUGGGCGCAGUACUCCUUCUGCCGCGCACCGCGCCUCGCCAUCGCCCGCUGACACUCCUGCGCCCAAGAAAUCCAACUGGGAAGUGAUUGAACACUUCUCAUCCAGCAAGACCAAGAGAAGCCCCACUGCUGUGGAAGCAGAAGGCGGCGCUGCAUCCUCGUCGCCAGCGCUGCCUCUCUGCCCCGCCGGGAGACCUGAUGCCGAUGUACAGCCACUGCUGACCGAAGAAGGGCAAGCAGAUGGCACCGGCGGUCCCGGCGGGGUCGAAGACGACGAGGAGGAGGACACGGGGUGGUGGGGCAACUGCGUCAGCAACUGCCCGCCGCCCGUGCAGGACCUCUGCACUUCUAACCGAUUUGACAACUUGCACGUGGAGAUGCUGUACCAGCGCUACUUCCUACGCAUGAACCAGACCAACAUGACGCACCUGCUGGGCCUGCUGCUGGCCGUGGCCGUGGGCCUGAUGGUGGUGCAGGUGCGCACGCUGCUCAUCGCGCAGAGCCUCCUCAGCAAGUACCAGCCAAUGCUCAACAUCACCUACGUCGACGACUUCAACCGAUACCAUGACCCCAACCGAUACGUGAACGUGACCACCUCCCGGUACUACGAGGAGCUGGCGGCGAUCAACGCGACGCAGUUCCACGUGUACUACGAGAAGGAGCGCGUCGCGCACAUCGUCAACAUCAUUGUGCUCGGACUCACUGCCCUGGUCUACGCCUGCCUGCUGGCGUGCCUGACCCGCCCGGCCAUGAACGAGAUCUACCUGCUCACCAUCUCCUAUGUGGUGCUCGUCACCUUCCUGCUGGUGGAGCUCGCCCUGGCUGGCACUGCUGUCCUGCGUGCCCUCAGCAUCAGCACGGGCUCGUGCGCGCUGUUCACGUACGUGACGUACGCGACGCUGCCGGUGCGGCUGCACGAGGCCACCGUGGCCGGCCUGGCUCUCAGCAUCGUCAACAUCGGCGCUCACCUCAUCCUCGACGAGCAUGCCGAAGUGCACCAAAUCUACUGCACGGUGGCGACGCUGAUUGCAUGCAACCUGGCGGGCAUCAUGACGCACAACCCGCGCGAGCUGGCGCAGCGCCGCGCCUUCCUCGAGACGCGGGACUGCGUGGAGGCGCGCCUCGUCACCCAGCGCGAGAACCAGCAGCAGGAGCGCCUGCUGCUGUCAGUACUGCCGCGCCACGUCGCCAUGGAGAUGAAGGCCGACAUCGCCAGCCAGCCGCGCCAGGAACAGUUCCACAAGAUCUACAUCCAGCGUUAUGAGAACGUCAGCAUCCUGUUCGCUGACAUCUGCGGCUUCACUUCCCUAUCCGACCAGUGCACUGCUGAGGAGCUGGUGCGCCUGCUGAACGAGCUCUUCGCUCGUUUCGACCGGCUGGCAGCAGAACACCACUGCCUGCGCAUCAAGCUGCUGGGCGACUGCUACUACUGCGUGUCUGGUCUGCCCGAGGCGCGCGACGACCACGCCAAGUGCUGCGUCGAAAUGGGACUCGACAUGAUCGAUGCCAUCGCGCUGGUGCGAGAGGUAAUGGCCGUCAAUGUGAACAUGCGCGUCGGCAUCCACACCGGCCGCGUGCACUGCGUCGUGCUCGGCCUCCGCAAGUGGCAGUUCGAUGUCUGGUCCAACGACGUCACCCUCGCUAACUACAUGGAGAGCGGCGGUGUCGCCGGACGCGUACACAUCACGAAGGAGACGCUGCGCUGCCUGGGCGACGACUACAAGGUGGAGCCUGGCCACGGUGGCCUGCGCAAUGCCUACUUGAAGGACCACAACAUCGAGACCUACCUGAUCGUACCCGACGACACCAGCCGUGUGGACAAGAAGCCGCAGCACUCCUUCUCGCUGAACGGCAACGUGUCGAAGGAGAUGCGCGUCAUGGGCCACGGCUCGCAGCACGGCAAGCACUCCUCCAAGAUCGGAGUAGAUGCCGGCAAUGAGAACAAGAAGCCAGAGGACGAGGUGAACGAGUACUUGAUGAAGGCAAUAGACGCUCGCUCCACGGACCGGCUGCGCGCCGAGCACUGCCGGCCCUGCACGCUCACCUUCCGCGACAACAAGCUGGAACGCAAGUACACUGGCGAGCGCGACCGUAUGAUGAAGGUGUACUUCAUCUGCACCCUAGCGAUCUACUUCGCCAGCGUCGCGAUCCAGGCCGUCACUUACAACCUGAUGCCGAUCAGCAUUAUCACCAUCGCUACAUCUGGCAUCAUCAUCUCCUCGUUUACGUACUUGGUUCUCUGCCUGGACUUCGAGCACUCGAGCCCGCGCCUGCGCCGCCUGUCGGAGCGCGUGCACAACAACCGCACGCUGGCGCAGAUGGUGUCCUUCAUCGUAGUCACCGCCUUCAUCAUCCAGAUCCAGGUCGUCAUGUGUGUGCAGGUGCAAGGCCUAUUCGAUGCGCAGAGCAAGCUGGAGUUCCUGGCCAACGAGACUCGGCAGGGCGACUUCCACCACUGCCCGCAUGACAUGAACGAGCACUACCUGCAGCUGACGCUGCUGGCGAUGUUCCUGUGCGCCGUGCACCAGAUCCUCAUCACCGUGGUGAAGCUGCUGCUGCUGUCGUUCACGUGCACCGCGUACGCCACCAUCACGAUCCACGAGCACAUGAUCUUCAAGCAGCACUUCCAUGACUACCAACACCGCUGCGGGCUCGACUGGAACCAGCAGUGGACCAACGUCGUGAUUGCACUGGGUGCCACGGUGGCCCUCCUCCUGCACUCGCAUCAGACCGAGAGCACAUACCGGCUCGACUUCAUCUGGAAACUGCAGGCCAACGAUGAGAAGGAGGAGAUGGAGCACCUGGAGGCGUACAACCGUAAGCUGCUGGCCAACAUCCUGCCCGAGCACGUGGCGCAGCACUUCCUCUGCAGCGACAAGAAUAUCGAUGAGCUGUACCACGAGCAAUGCGAGUCGGUGUGCGUUAUGUUCGCAUCCAUUCCAAACUUCUCCGAAUUCUACGUAGAGCUGGAGGGCAACAAUGAGGGCGUAGAGUGCUUGCGCCUUCUUAACGAGAUUAUCGCCGACUUCGACGAAAUCCUUGCCGAGGACCAGUUUAAAUACAUUGAGAAGAUCAAGAGCACUGGUGCCACGUACAUGGCUGCAUCAGGGCUGACGGCAGCCACGCGUGACCUCCGCGGCUUCCGGCACGUGACUGCUAUGGCUGACUACGCGCUCCGCCUGCGCGAGCAGCUGCAGUAUGUCAACGAACAUUCGUUCAACAGCUUCCGAAUUAGGAUCGGCAUCAACAUCGGGCCGGUGGUGGCAGGCGUGAUCGGAGCCCGCAAGCCCCAGUACGACAUCUGGGGCAAUGCCGUGAACGUGGCGUCGCGCAUGGACUCCACGGGUCUGCUCGACCACAUCCAGGUGACCGAGGAGGUGUAUGAGAUCUUGGCCACGCGCGGCUACCGGCUGCGCUGCCGGGGCACCAUCGACGUGAAGGGCAAGGGUAACAUGGUCACCUACUUCCUGGAGGGCAUCGGGGAGACCGUCGCGCCGGGCACGCUCGACAUCUACAGCAACCCGCAGCCGUCAACCUCCGGCACGAGCCAGGAGUGCGGCAACCAGAGCGGCGGCCGGCCUGAGCACCGACCUCUGGAGACCCUCUCGGAGGGACACACCGAUGAAGAUGGGGGACCCUCACCCAGGGCAUCCAUCCCCAAGGAGAGCAACGACAUAAGCAGCCCCAAGCUGGCGAACGGCACGGGCGGCGGCGCGUCGUCCCGCGAGAGCAUCGCCGAGGCGGUGCGCGCGCGCGUUCUGCGCCGCUUGGAGCGGCCGCUGUCGCUGGCGGACCACGCCGGCAUGCCCACCAUUGCGUCACUGCUCAACUCGAAGGCAUAUUCAACAGACUUCGACCAAACAUUCCUCAUUAACGAGACCAAGAAAAACUUCUCGUUGAGCGACGUAAAGCGGGGCGUGGCUGAGUCGCGCAGCAGCGGUGAGAUCGAGGCCCUCCUAGAGGGCAAUGGCCCGCGCCGCGCUGCCAGCUUGGCGGACUUCCUCUUCCGUCGCAAGCAAAACAAGUUGAACGCGGCCGUGGUGAAUGUCAUUGAGAACCCAAUGACCGCCAUGUAUGACUACAGCCCCGCCGGCACACCGGCACACGACGACACUCACGGCGCUUAAACAUUCGGACUUGACUCUCCCCGGAUUGACGCACCUCUCCCUGACUUGACAGCACCAUGUUGAGUACACGGCUGGCUGAACAAUGCCACCAAGACGUAUUGUUGGAAAGCUGGAGUUGGGCGCCGCCCAAGACAUGAUGGACACAGCGCAGAAGGGGCGGAAGAAGUACGAGAAGGCAUUGCUCAAGCCGUCUGUCAUCAACUGCUGCUAUUUCUCUGCUGUUUCAUACAUAAUGCCGACCUCUGAUGGUUAACUUUUGGAACACAUACCGAGUUGGAAUUCUUGAGCUGCGACACAAGUGCUCGCUGUGCUUUAGUGAAGCGGAAUUUUACAAUUAGUUAUGUUAAAUUAUAAAUGUUUAUUGAAUUGGCGUCUUCUCGUGCUUCCAAUCUGUCCACCAGUUACUUAAUUCACCCAUUAGAUGUCAGUAUUACUACUUAAGGCUUCAUUAAAGCAACAUGCACUUAUCGGAGAUUGAGUGUGACAAUGAGACGCGACCUGAGUGUCGGCACCGGACUGGAUAUUCCCUGGAUAAGGACUCCCACCAUUAAGACUGAAGGAUGCCGCGCGGUGCACCGCCAGCCAGCACGCGGCGCUCUUCAUGACACUGGCGGCCUCUAGUGGCCCGCCCUGGAACUGACACUCGGACAUACAAGUAGCGCAGUGCUCGUGGAGCCGUCGCCCCGCCGCAACGAGCGCCACGUCGCGCGGCGCGGCCCCCUCACUGCGACCUGCUCCCUGCAGCAGCCAGAGUUAAACUUUUUCAUUUCCUAGUUAAGGAGUGCGGUUGUGUGUAUACAGUCGUAAGCGAGAAGACGUAUACUUGACCAGUUCAUCAACAACUAGUUGAAUGUUUUCUUAUUAUCUUUUCUCGAAAUUGAAAACCACGGAACUCCAUUGGUUGAAAUUUAGAUUAGGUAUUUCGGUAAAAGUCUCAAUUGGAAUUUCACAGUUUUAUUUUAAUAAGGUGCUGUACCCAGGACCCUCCCCUCCGCCCAUUUGUAACCAAUCCUGGCAGGCGCGCUUACCCUCGGUGCAGGAGCCUGCUAACCAAAGUUAUAUUCGACGUUUAGUAUAACUCUUGCAUAAUGCUGUCACGCCACACAACUACUUACUUCAAAGAAAAUUUAUAAAAUCGAGCUUAUAGGAACUCAUAGUGAGGUUUAAGAUAUUAUGAUUGUGUUGCAUUAGGAGUCCGCCUGGGCCCGCCGGCCGCCACGCGGGGCCGGGGCCGCCGCCCGCCGUCAACGUCUUGGUCACCUUAGCUUUAAUACACUGUUCCCUUAGAGGCGGACGGAGACCUAUGGUCUAGGUGAGUCGUUUUCUUUGACGACUAAGUUUUUCAGUCAAAUAUUUGGUGCUUUUUGGAGGUUAAGACUAAAAGUUUUUACCUCGCGGGGUGUAACCUUUAUGAAGGGGUUCAAACGUUUUUGUAUUGAACCUAGGAUGCUGGCACGCCUGCAACGCGGCGGCAACAAACACUAAACGUGCCAAUACCGAAUACUGUAGGUAUUCAGCAUUGGCGUGCUAACUACUUACUGCUUGACCAUCUAGUGUCUGCAGCCGUUAACGUGCCAGCGUGCCAGCGGGGUUUGAUGCAGUUUUCAUGUGUAAGGCAUGGUGUACUGAAAGCUCUACAAUUCCAAGGCAUUGUGUCGGCUGACUGAGCUGUAGGAACUAUUAAUCUCAAUAUUUUCUAAGAACUGAUUAAAUUAUUAUACAUCUGUGACUACUUACAUUAUCUUACAUUUUAGGUUCUUCUUUGUGUUUUAGCGUGAGAUUUAUAUUGUAUAUGUAUAUAGAGUCCUGGCUACAGGACUGACUAUUUUAGAUAAGCUAUUGAUGUACUAUGUCUAAGAAUAAGGUAGGGACAGUCGCACGAGCCCCGCCACGCCCCAACCUAGCAGCACGUCUCGUUGAGGCACAUUGAGCGGUUGAGGCCGCGGGGCGAGGCGCUCUGUUGUACGGGUACUUCACAUUACCACCAAAAUAGUAGCCAAAUAUCAUAUUAAUGUAUACGAUUACUGUUUUACCAAAUCUGAAUGUUUAAUAGGUGUAGUGCGGUUCCCGGCACGUUGUGUUUGUUGUGGUAGUCGCCCACCUACACCGGCCGCAGUGAUGGUUCCCGCAGGGUAGAGAGAUGGCGCUUCGGAAGUUUCAGUGGCAAUACUUCAGUGCGUUAGUUGCUAAGAGUUUCCGUCACUCAGAUCAGCAGCUAAUAGUAGGUCAGUAGCUAAACGCGUCGGUAGCCAAGCGUGCCAUCGGCAGCCAAGAGCGCCAUCGGCAGCCAAGAGCGCCAUCGGCAGCCAAGAGCGCCAUCGGCAGCCAAGAGCGCCAUCGGCAGCCAAGAGCGCCAUCGGCAGCCAUGUGCUCCAUCAGUAGCCAAGUGCUCCAUCGGCAACCCAAAGCGCCAUCGGCAGCCAAGAGCGCCAUCGGCAGCUAAGAACGCCAUCGGCAGCCAAGAGUGCCAUCGGCAGCCAAGAGCGCCAUCGGCAGCCAAGAGUGCCAUCGGCAGCCAAGAGCGCCAUCGGCAGCCAAGAGUGCCAUCGGCCGCCAAGCGUGCCAUCGGCAGCCAAGAGCGCCAUCGGCAGCCAAGAGUGCCAUCGGCCGCCAAGCGUGCCAUCGGCAGCCAAGAGCGCCAUCGGCAACUAAGUGCUCCACGGGCAGCCAAGAGCGCCAUCGGCAGCCAAGUGCUCAAUUGGCAGCCAAGUGCUGCAUCGGCAGCCAAGAGCGCCAUCGGCAGCCAAGUGCUCCAUUGGCAGCCAAGUGCUGCAUCGGCAGCCAAGUGCUCCAUCGGCAGCCAAGUGCUCCAUCGGCAGCCAAGUGUGUCACCUGCCGCCAAGUGUGCCAUGGGCAGCCAUUUGCUUCAUCGGCAGGCAAGUGAUCCAUCGGUAGCCAAGAGCGCCAUCGGUAGCCAAGAGCGCCAUCGGCAGCUAAGAGCGCCAUCGGCAGCCAAGCACCACGAACACAUACUCAGGUUGAACAGUUACCGUGUGGUUCACGAGUGGAAUCUUCAGGAACGGCAGCUAGUAGGACGGUGUUAGGUAUCGUAGUUCCAUGCAUCCGUAGCGAUAUGCUUCUCUCAAUGUGUAGUUUGCUUCGUUACCCGACGAGCUCUGCUUGCUGUAACCGAGUCCACAAUCCGCCUGCACUCCCCCCGACCCGCUACCCCUCCCUCGUGUGCAAUCGGCUUCGAACAACUCGGCGCCGGCCAUCGAUCGUACAAAUAAAUCGUGACUGUGCUGUGUGCGGCCUCUGACAUAUUGCUACAGGAGCCCGUAGUUACCCUUCAUUGUUUACUGUGAUGCAUCUAAACGAACUUGUUUUAUUAUUAAUGUAAUAUAAGAUUAGAUAAUUAGAUCUAAUACCAAAGGAGCGUCGGUUAUUCUAAAAGAUUCGACGUUUCAUUGUACCUGUAUAUAAGUAUAUGUAUUAAUGUCACUUUACAAAUUACAUUCACUGUACUAAACUACAUUCGGAAAUUUAUAUUUUACAAAAUUAGCGACUCGAAAACGUUUUAAUUUUAAAAGUAUGAAUCGAAUCCUCUUCAGUUGCUAACGUGUAAUGUCCCACAGCUUGAUGUAUAAGUAUGUACUUAAUUUCUAUACUAUUUUAAACUAAUGUUGAAUGGUUGUGGCAAUGAUUGUGAAUGUGUCACGAUACAUGAGACGAGUCCUGUAACCCUAGGCCUGCCCACCACACAAUUCGAACACGCCAUACUCCCCAUACUAACAUUUUCGUAUUGAACAAAGUUCAACGUACCUGUACUUAUUGUUACGAUUAUAUAUAGGUAUGUAUUUAUAUUUAAGUAUAGGUGUUGUGUCGGUCUGAAUGCGACGCUGUUACUAACAAGUGACGCUUAACUUUACUUCCCGCGACAGCAGAACAGCACGCUACAGUCACAAUUACGGUUGCUGGGUUGCCAUACUUACAGCCGGACAGACUAGCUAGCUAGCACUGCUAGUUUGUCCGUAGAUCGUUGAGGAUUGUAUGUGUGUAUCUGUUGCACUAGUGCUAUCGUCCUAUCGGGACUCGUUCGAUAGCGCGAGUUCGUAGCGCCAGUCCUGAGCCUCGCAAAAUUUGAAUUAUAAAUAAACUAACAAAAGACAAUCAAACCGGGCUCUGUAAAAUGUGUGCGGACAGGAUAUCAAAAAACCUAAUUAUGAUCUGACUAAUCCGGACGCCUAGCAACCCCAGGCAUUGGUGACUGCGCGCCCGGCUUCGGCCUUCUGCCUGCUCCUCCUUUUCAACCCUGCUGCACUCCUCCGUCAGUGGACACAGAGAGGUUCCUGCUAGCGUGCUCGUCGCCGACACAUCUCUGUGUGCCUCUAAAUGUUAGGCUUUCAUUGUAUUUCAUUAUAUUUGUAAUAUUAUGGUGUCACUUGUAACCAUCUCGAAUAAGCUUACGUAGGUACCUAAGUCUGCCGCCCAGCGAAAUGUCUCGCAGCAGUUCGCUCCCACCACCUGUCGCUUCGCCAGGCCUUCCCGAUAGAUUCGAUACAGAAAGUCAUUCUGAGCAGAAGCCCAGCGUAGCCUAGCGAGGAGCAGCCUGGCGCGGCCCGACUCGGCCGGUACAUUUUGUCAGAGUCGUCAUACGAUCCAUGUGUUCUUCUCUUUGUAUUGUUAGGUAGUGAUUUAAGACAUUUUGACGUCGUUACUAGUAGCAUAUUACGAUAUACAUAAUACUAUUUAAUAUUUCUGAAGACUUGGCUCUAUGUUAUGAAUUAGCUAUCUAUAAGUUAAGCGCUUAGGUUAUGUUCGUGAGGGAGCAGCGCACGAAGCGCGUUGUACGCCAAGGGCCUAAUCUCUAUGUCGAACCAACAUCACCAUAUACAACAAUUGCCUCAGGAGGUCGCUCCAACUGUUUGUAAGACCAGCUGGUAGUAUUGAGAAUACAGGUACAGCCUAGUGCAGAUAUAAAAACAGUGGCGAUUGUAGCUGUGUUAUAAAGAACCAUACCCUUUAACUAUCACUCGCUCAAUAUCCAAGUCAAUCGAUAUCUAUGUACUUGUAUACCAAAUAUGUGUAGGUACAGAUUGUACAAUGUACACGGCCAGAGUCUGGCCAACUAAUGUUAAGCCUGAACUAGAGCCGCUACAUUUAUUAACUAAUAACAUUUGCAAAAUUAUUAAAAUAUGAACACUGUUUUUCUUGUCAUCAUAUAUGUAAAGGCUGAUAAAAUAUAAAAACACGUUGUUAUUGUGAAAAUAGUAGUCGCUAUAAAAUACAUUAUCUCAGGCUUGGCACUUGUCAUGGUGUUAUAUAAAAUCAACUUUGUAAAUCAAAGGCUACACAUUCAUCAGAGAAGAUAUUUGAAAAAGUCGCAAUGUAAAAACUUUACGAUAACAACACCAUGAUCAAUCACAACCACUAUCAAUCUGGCUUACAGCUAGGUGUCCUAGCUGUAAUCCAGAUUAAAUUCAACUUUCGUUGGCCAGACUCCAGUUUUUGAAGAAAUUAUUGUAGUUACAAGAAACCAAUUGUAAUCGCCAUCAAUUAUACAAUUACUAUGUAUACUUUAACGCCGCUGUCUACUGUAGCACUGUGUAACUACCUGCUAUUUAUGGAUAACUAUGUAAUUACAGUAACCUGCCAUGUAAUUAUUGUAUAUUGUGACCACGUUGUUUUUAUAUUCUUUAGUGGUAAAUUAUCUUUGUACUUAACUGUAGCAUCCUACUUUAAUUGUGCCCUGUGUGUGCAGGCAGUCACGUGACUGCUCGUUACAUUCAUUAUAAUUUACGUUUACUAAGGGGUGACGUCACAACUUAGGUUCAUAUGUAGCAUUUUGUUCAACAUAUCAAAUUAAUAUACCACAAUCAUAUACUAAGUUAUCGUGUUACAUGAUGCUGUCAACUGACGUAUAUCUAAAUAUACGUAGGUAUAGCAGGUGCACCUGCAAUGGAGUGUUCAAUUAUUAAAUAAUAAUAAAAAAUGCUUUAUUGACUAGCAAAUGAUUUACAAGUGGAUUUUAAUGAAUGGUGGGUACAGUACUGCACUUGAACACAAUUCAAAUGACCAAUAACACUUCAACUAGGCCGAGCCUGUAUCUUAGGUGUUAGUUAGGGAUUGCUGCAGCAGAUUGUCGCCAGCUAGCAGAAUACACGCACACGUAGCGGGAGAUCAGACAGGGCCAAUUAAAGCGGGACCGGCUGCAGCUGCCAGUUCCAUGUAAUGAUAUUGUACAACGGCACUAAACUAUGCGACUCUUGGAAUUUAGUGGUAAACUGCUAUAGCUACCUACUACUUAGGUACCUUAGAACAUGAGUUUAUAUCAAGUUAUGUACUUACUUUACAGUGCGCUCGUUGUCAACGAUGGUGUGUGUAAGUGGGGAACAGUAUUGGGUCACUAUACCUGCCCAUAAUGGCAUUUAAGCGAUAGUUUACAGAGAGAACAGAUGCUAGGAACUUGAAACAUAAUUAUAAUAUCUAAAUAUAUUCUAACUGCCGAUUUCAAUUACUUAUCUUCAUCCAAAAUGUAUGAAUCGAUCAAAUGUUUAGACAGAACACACAUUAGAGCAAUGUCAUUGUAGAGAUAGGUAAUUAAAGUCGGCGGCAGUGGACAGGCGCUUGAAUACCAUUUGGUACGUGGCGAGGUACGUCUAGUAAGCGAUCAUCUCGUGAAGUGGAUCGUGUGUUUUAUUAACUAUCGCUAAACACGAGUUUGACUAGGGAUUGUAAAGUAACCUACUUUAUUUCACCACUGGUGGGUACCACUAAAUUUCUUGAUAUUUUAACUACACUACUGAGGUAGUCGCUUGCAGCUUUACUUUGUAGGUACUCGAGAAUGUAUGGAGCCGACAAUUCGGCCACGUGAUGGUGACUGCAUAAAACAGUACAAUAGUAUUUAAAUUUGUCGAUACACGAUAACGACAACAUAAAUUUGUCAAUUUUUAUUCCCGUAAGCGACUGCUAGAGCCGCUGUGUAAUUUGCCAAACAUAAGUUUACGUCGCCGCCAUCGAGUAUUGACAAAUACCAUUGCUAGUAGUACAAGUAGUGGCGGUAGCCAACGUUUGCAGGAUGCUGCAUAGAGCAUGUUCCCAUGCGAGUACCUACGUGUGCGCCGCAGCGACUACUUCAGGCGUCACCUUCCUCCUUUGUAUUAUUAUUGUUAACGCUAAGACAUUGUAUGUACGUAUGUAUCAAUGCUUUCCUUAUGUUGUAAUCUGUCAUAAUAAAUGGUGUUAUGUGUAUUAAAACUGCGUUUCACUGGAACAAUUGAG